ACUCUUCAUUUCCUUCACUUUCCCGCUGUUUCCCUCAAAUAGGGGUAUUUUCCCGCCCUAAUCCCAACCCUGUUGAUAGUUGAGACUGAAACAAACACAGCAGCAGCACUAGAGAGAGAAAGUAAAGAUGAACGCUUCAACGAGGAAGAAGGUUCAGAAGAAAUGCAAGAUCAGAGGCUACAAUCUCAAACUCGAAGCUCUCGACGAGAUCCUCUCCUACGUUUCCCGCUUCGAAGGCGACCUCGAAGACGAUGCCAUCGAUCUCCUCCUCGAUCAGCUCGAACACGAAUCUCUGAAUUCCACCAUAAUCGAUAAGGAACCGGUGCACCGCGUGGUGACUCUGCUGUUGAAAGCUGAGGCGGCUGCCGAGGACGACGAGAGCCCUGACGACUCUGCCGCUGCUGCUUCCGCCCUUCGUGUCGUCGAUGCGUUCCUUGUUUCUAAGUUUAAAUACGACGCUAUUAGGAAGCAAUUCUACGAGCAUCCAGGCAGCUUACCGAUUCAUGGGGACGCAUCAGCAAAAGCAGCUCUGUACAGGGAUAGGUUUCUGUUGUUAUUCCAGAGGCUCUCUCGUGACCAGAAUUUUUCAAAGCCUGCUUUCGACUCUGAAUUUUCACAUUUUGGAAGCUGUGAGAUAUCUCCUAUUCAGUCUCUGGUUGGGCGGACAGGUAGAAGAUGGGUAAUGGGAGUAAUAUCUCAGCUGGAGGAUGGACACUUUUAUUUGGAAGACCUCUCCGCUUCAGUUGAAAUCAAUUUAUCUAAUGCUAAGAUAACUACAGGAUUCUUUUCAGAGAACACCAUAGUUGUGGUAGAAGGAGAAAUGCUUGUAGAGGGUAUUUUUCAGGUUUUAACAUGUGGGUUUCCUCCGUUGGAGGAUAGAGAUAAGUCACUUAAAACACUUGCAGGGCAUGACUUUUUUGGUGGUGGUACUUUUACAAAAGAAGAAACGAUCAGACUGGUAGAGAUGGAGAAAAGAGCAGUCAAUGACAUGUUUGUAAUAUUGUCUGAUGUUUGGCUAGACAAUGAUGAGGCUUUGGGAAAGCUAGGGACAGUUCUGGAUGGUUUUGAGAGUGUGGAUGUGGUUCCUUCCUUAUUUGUUUUCAUGGGAAACUUCUCUUCUCACCCAUGUAACCUUUCGUUUCAUUCUUAUUCGACCCUCAGGUUGCAGUUUGGCAAGCUAGGGCAAAUGAUUGCUGCCCAUCCACGGCUGAAAGAGCACAGUCGAUUUCUUUUUAUUCCAGGUCCUGAUGAUGCAGGUCCGUCAACAGUUCUUCCUAGGUGUGCGCUUCCAAAAUAUAUAACUGAGGAGCUCCAAGAGCAUAUUCCCAAUGCCAUAUUUGCAAGCAACCCCUGCAGGAUCAAAUUCUAUACCCAAGAAAUUGUAUUUUUCCGCCAGGAUCUUCUGUAUAGAAUGCGCCGUUCAUGUUUAAUGCCACCUUCAACGGAAGAAACUGAUGAUCCUUUUCAACAUCUUGUUGCUACCAUAACCCAUCAGAGCCAUCUCUGUCCACUCCCUCUAACUGUACAACCUAUCCUCUGGAAUUAUGAUCAUUGCCUUUAUCUUUAUCCGACUCCUCACACGAUAGUCUUAGGAGACAGAAGUCAGCAGAAGGCGUUCAAGUACACUGGAAUUACUUGCUUUAAUCCUGGUUCGUUCUCAAUUGACAGCACAUUUGUCGUGUACCGUCCUUGCUCUCAGGAAGUUGAAUUGUCAUCCUUGUGAACCCAAGAUAAUUUCUGCUGGGUUACCAUCCUCCAUACAUCAGUAUCUCAGACAUGCUGACUUCAUUAUUCUUUUAUCAGAAGAUAUACAAGGCAAUGAAUGGAGAUGGAAAUCGUUGCCUUUGCCCUUUGGAGGAUUUAGAUUACAGCUGUCACUGUAUUUUAUAACUGAAUUAGCUUGUCAUGCUACAAAAAUUGUUGUAUAGUAGGAAUCUUUUUAGUCUAGUUGAGGUAAUUUUUUUUAUCUGGAUAAUAAUUGUAAGUGUAUACUACAGAAAAUGUGUUAUUUUGAAUAGGACUAAGCUACAAUUAUAAUUGAAAUAUCAACCAAGGCCUUCGUGAUUCAUUCA